AUGGAGAUUCCAUCUGAAUUUCAGGAUGAAGUCGAUCAGGCACGGGAGAAUCUUUUUGAGAGUGUUGCUGUUGAGGAUGAGAUGUUGCUUGAGAAAUACUUGAACGGCGAAGAAAUUACGCACGACGAAUUACUGGCGACUGUUCGCGCAGCGACUUUAAAUGGGGCAUUAGUGCCGGUGCUGUGUGGAAGUUCUUUGAAGAAUCAAGGUGUUCAACCGCUGCUUGAUGCAGUCAUCAAUUUUUUACCAUCUCCUGUUGAUGUGCCACCGAUUGAAGGGACUGUACCACAUCCUACCUCUGGCGGCGCGCGUUCCAAACGCAAAGGAGACACAACCUCCGAGGAAGGUAAAAUAACGCGUCCCGCAGACGAUACUGCCCCGUUUUCAGCCUUAGCAUUUAAAGUGGCAAGUCAUCCGACGGUUGACAAACUCGUUUACUGUCGAGUCUAUUCUGGCACGCUUCGGCGCGGGGAGGCAGUCUAUAACGUCCGUUCCGAGAAACGAGAGCGAGUUAAUCGCAUUUUACAGAUGCACGCCAAUAAAGAGGCGGUGUCUGAUGCGGCUUACGCCGGUGAUAUUGUGGCACUCGUCGGACUUAAGGAUACCAAGACCGGGGAUACCGUGACCGAUGCAAAAGAGCCAAUUCUCUUAGAAUCCAUCACCUUCCCGGAUCCUGUUAUCUCUAUUGCGAUAGAGCCUGAGCGUGCAAGUGAUGCAGAUGCAUUAGAGGAGACACUCGAAAAACUCAUGGACGAAGACCCUACAUUCACCGUCGGGAUUGACAAGGAAACCGGACAACGAAUUAUCUCAGGGAUGGGCGAGCUGCAUUUGGAGAUUUUGACUGAUAGGAUGGUCCGUGAAUUUGGGGUUAACGCUCGGGUGAGCAAACUCCAAGUGGCAUAUCGCGAAACUAUAAGUACCGUUGCGGAGGCGCGCGGAACACACAUUCAUAAAACGGACGAGGAAGGCAUCUACGGUGAUGUGCUACUCACGGUUGAACCGUUAGAACGCGACGAAGGAUUUCAGUUUGAGGAUAAUACCGACGAGACGCAGAUUCCGCGGCAAUAUAUCGCGUUCAUUGAGAAGGCAUUAGAAGGUGCGAUGGGAACAGGUCCCCGCAUUGGAUAUCCGAUGCAAGACGUGAAGGUAACACUCACGGGGGGUUCCUAUCAUCCAACGGAUUCCUCGGAGGUGGCAUUUGAGGCGGCGGCAGCCCUCGCUUUUGAAAACGCUAUCAAAAAGGCGAACCCGUUGCUCUUAGAGCCAAUUAUGCGGAUACAUAUCACUGUUUCCGAUGAACAUGUCGGCAAGGUGAUCGGCGACCUGAAUUCACGUCGCGCCCAAAUUAACGAGAGCACAACGCAAGAUGCAUCCGAUACAGGCCGCGUAUCACAAUCAACGCAGAACGUCGUCAACGCCUUUAUCCCGUUGUCAGAGACAUUUCAAUACACGACACGUCUCCGUUCGAUGACACAAGGACGUGGCGCGUUUACAUUGGAAUUUUCACAUUACGAAGUGGUGCCUGAAUCUCUUGCGCCGGGCGCGAAUUCUGUUGUCUCGGCUUAG